AUGGCGUUCAAAAGUCUGGACUUGGCAGGAUGCCAAAGAGAAAGUCAGAAACUGCUCCUUCAGGCGGGAGCAAGAAGAGGAAGCGGGAACGCGCCCAGUCAGAUAGAGAGACGUCGCCUUGUUCCACGGACAGCGACGUAUUUAUUGAAUGGGUUCCUUGAUCCUUUUAGAAGCUGCAACAAGAACAACGAGUACCUAAACAACCCAGACAUUCCGGAAGCUGAUCGCAUUAUUCUUCGCAAAGUACAGGCCACCUACGAGGUGCUGUUGAUUCCUUUCUCCAGUCAAGGGUAUGACCACAGAAUCGAGCUUGUCUGGCACUGCGAUCGACUCUGGGGCACGUUUGAUUUUGGCUACUGCAAGGGGGUCAUGCUCAUUGAGCCGGGCCCGACUGUUGAGGAUUUGUACGGAUUCAAGACAUUGCCAUUCAUAUGGAUUAAGCCAUGUCGCCAUGGACUGCCCAACGCCCUGGACUGGAACACGGGCGAAAUUCGACUCGAUGGAAAUAUGAUCGGCGGUCAUUUCAACAACACACCGGGUCUCGGUCGGUGCGAGUUCAUUGGCCAAAGAUUGCAUGGACCGCCUCUGAGUACCCGCUCCUCGCAUAGCUUCAUUGAUGAAUGGGACGACCUUGACAUCUCCUCCGACGAGGAUGAUGAGGCUGUGCGUUUGCCGCCACGAUCCAAGUCAUCAGAGUUGGCGUCAUCAGAACCAGAGCCACCUGAAUGGUUAGCAUCACUAGAACCACAAUCAUCAUUAGAUCGGACUGCAAAGGACAAGCGAGAGUUCCUUGCAAUGGUGACGGGCAUUUUCAACAUCACAAGCAGGGCGAUCGAGCACAACUGGUCAACCAAAGCAAAGAAGCUAUCUAUCCGAUUCCACGUCGAUCGCGAGAAAAUUGCUGUCUGGGGGAAGUUCAGCCUAGGUAUCUGCAACGGCUUCCUUCUUAUGAAGAACUCACCCGACAGUCUGAAGCAAGGUGUCCCGCUCAAAUUCCGCUGGCGUGGAAGGGAGACCGAUACGGGUGACAGCAUUUCAGGGACCGGCGAAGUCAGCAUCAAGAAAGACCGCACGAUCCAGGGUGUUUUUCACGACAUGUAUGGGAAUGUUGAUUUCUCUGGCAAGAGGAAAUUCAUGCCUAACAAUGAGUCGGGGUAUGAGGCAUCGUACUACCGCAGUCAGUGGAAGGAGUAUGAACGGGUCGAACGUCAAUUGGGUUGA